AUGGCUCGCUUCUGGGAAUUUGCUCAACUGAGUGACAGCUUCAAAGGCAUGAGCUGGUUCGACCGCGUUCCAAAGAUGUCGGAGAAGCUGUACAUUGGAGGCCUCUCAGCUCUUUACAAAGAACCAGAUCCGUUGAAGGAUGGAGGCGUCACCCAUGUCUUAUCUGCCCUGGAUUUUGACGUGCGAGACUCCAAGCAACUCAAGGACUAUCAACAUCUGACCAUCAGCGUGGAUGACGACCCCAACGAGGAUCUGCUGAGCCACUUCCCGCAAACCAACGCCUUCAUUGAUGCAGGCCUGCAGAAUGGCGGAGGCGUCUUCGUUCACUGCGCUAUGGGAGUCAGUCGAUCGGCGACAUUCGUUUGUGCAUACUUGAUGUGGAAGCACAAAAUCAGCAGUGAAUCAGCGCUGAAGUGGUUACGCGAGGGGAGAAAAAGAGCCACGCCCAACGCGGGCUUCAUGGAGCAGCUCGCUGUGUAUGAUGCGAUGCUUCAUGCCGAAGAUCAAUCGACUAGAGAUGCCAUUCUGCAAAAAUGGAAGAAGAGUAGGAAAGGCUCCUCAAAACUGUGA